AUGUCUGUGCCGAACGCGCUGCAGGGUGUUUCUCCGCACGUCCGCGAGCUGCUGUCGCGGCUGCACGCCGAGUCGCUGGAGCAGGAGGCGGCCCUUGCCAAGGACGACAUGAGUAACGGCCCGGCGACGGGCAGGUUGAUGCGCGACAAGUUCAUCGCCCUGGACGAGAACAAGGCGCACUACGUGUACCAGCUGGCGCGGGCGACUGGGGCCACGACGAUCGUCGAGGCCGGCACCUCGUUUGGCGUCAGCACGAUCUAUCUGGCUCUGGCCGCAGCGGCGAACGCGGCCAUCAACAGCAGUGGAAGCCGUGGAAGCCGUGCCCGCGUGAUUGGCACAGAGCACGAGCCGACCAAAGCAGCACGGGCGCGCGAGCACUGGCGGCAGUGUGGCGAUACUGUGGCCGACGUCAUCGAGCUGCGCGAGGGCGACCUGCGCGAGACGCUGCGGACGGAUCUCGAUAAGGCCGACAUGUUGCUGCUGGACAUUUGGACGCCCAUGGCGUUGCCUACGCUCAAGAUCGUGCAGCCGAAACUGCGAUAUGGCGCUGUCGUCAUCACCGACAACACCAUCAGCUCGGCUGCCAAGUACAAGGAAUAUCUUGACUACAUUCGGGCAACAGACAGCGGCUUCAGCAACAUGACGGUGCCGUUCAAGGGUGGGCUCGAAAUCAGCGUGUACCUUCCUGCAGGAGGCGGGGAUGCAACAUAG